AUGAGGAGCCCCCUUUACACACGGCCCAUUACUUGCUUGGAUUUGCCGACCAGCGUUACCAUGAAGGAGCAAGUGAAGAAAAAACCAAAGGGGAGGGGGAAGGUGGGGUUGGCCUCUGCUUGCCGUCUCGCGGAAGCAUCCCGCGCCACAAGACCCGUAGUUUGUCACCCUUGGGCUUCGCCUGCGCGCCAACGCCAGAAGAAACGGAAGAGAUCCACCUCCCCAGAGGGCACGCAGGCUGCCUCCUCCUUUGCCGAUUUUCGGGCCUUUUCUUCUGGCUCCGCUCCUUCUGCUGCCUCUGAGUCCGCCCCGACGGGGUCGCCCGCGUCUGGUCCUGACGCCUCCCCCCUGCUUUGCACGACGAUUCGCAAGUCCCUGUCUCGCCUGUGUGGCGAUUCCUGCUCUGUGCGCAUCUUCCGCUUUCGUCCGCCUCUCGGUCCUCCCUCGGCUCGUUUUCUUCUCAGCCAGCAGCGCCGCCUUCUCCGUCGCAUGCUGCACAUCCACGCCACUCCUCCGUGUAACGCCGCGCAGCUGUCAAGAGCCGCCGCGUGCGGUUCGUCUCGCGAGUCCGCCACGGAAAACAAAAGCCUUGCCACGAAGGGAAUCACACAGCGCGCAACGAGAGGGGGGCUUGCAGCAGUGAACGCGCCAGACGCGCCUCUUCCCAAAUCGUCUUCUGCUGCAACUCCUUCCCCGUCCAGCUGCGGCUCGCUGUGCAGGUGGUGCGACACCACUCGCUUCAGCUGCCCGCCGAUGCUGCAUCUUCCCUGUUGGAAGAGCGCCUUCCGGGUGGAGGAGGGCGACAGCGAAUGCGAAGAAGAGACACACAGCCAGACACUGGACCCAGACGGCAUGCAGAGCCCGACGCAAGAAGGCAGACGCGCGGGGGCGGGCGAGGCGUCUGCAGAGAGUCGCUUCAGAGAUCGCAUCAGCGGCGACCACGCGCUCGCGCCGCCCGACUUGUUCAGCUCCUUUCAAAGCCGGCACGUGCUGUACGUCCACCCGCAAGUGGUUCUGAAGGAAAACCCCGAGACCGGAUGCAGCCUCUUCCUCAGGGGCGACGUCCAGCAUGGGACGCUUCUCAUGGCGGCUCGGAGUCUCGUCUGCUCGUGGGUAAGUGACGCCAAGGAGCUGAAGCGAAAGGGCAAAAGCAGACCGGAAAUCGACAUGCGGCGUCUGCCUCAAGUCGUGCCUGAGGAGGCUCCACGGUAG